AUGACAAAAGGUAGAGAGCUUGAAUAUAGCAACACUCUUCAAUUUGUUACCAGCAUUGAUCUUUCAAGGAAUAAGCUAACGGGGGGAAUCCCUAAUGAAAUAGCAAGUCUCGGAAGGUUGGGUACACUUAACCUGUCAAUGAAUCAUCUAACUGGAAACAUUCCCAAGAAUAUCGGAAACAUGCGGUGGUUGGAAACACUUGAUCUCUCGAGGAAUAGUUUUUCUGGACCUAUUCCUGAAAGCAUGUCUUUUUUGACUUUCUUGGCACACUUGAACUUGUCAUUUAACAAUUUGACAGGAAGAAUCCCAAAUGGUAAUCAACUCCAAACCCUAAAUGAUGCAUCCAUAUACAAGGGCAACCCUUUAUUGUGUGGGUCUACACUUCUGACCAAGUGCCUAGGAGAUGAAACAUCUAAUGGCCCAACUUUUAUAGGUGGCAGUGUUGAAGACAGACAAGAUGGUGAUGAUACUGAAAGGCUUCUGGGGUAUUUGCGGCACCUUAUUGGUGAAAAAGUCAUGGAGACAUUGUUAGGCAACAGUUUUGCUUCCUUGGAUGAAAUGGGUGGUGACUCUUUGGACAGUUGCAAUAAGAGCUAA